AUGAAUAACGAAGAAAUGAAUAAUAACAACCUAACACUUGAAGAUGCCAUAAAAUAUGUUAUUAUACACGUUUGUACUCAGAUGAAUCUUAACGAGAAUGAGAGUGAAGAUAUCAUCCGGCAUAUUUCAAAUGGUCUCUCAAACCAAGAAC